AUGAAUCAAAAUCCAACUUACGGGGAUUUUAAUAUCCAUGACCGAAGGAAGGGAAACAAUGUCAGCCAUUUAAGAGAACAAAACCAAAUGACCAAUACAGACUAUAAUAAAAAUAAUCAAAUAUAUCAAAGAAAUAAAUUAAAUACCGGUAAUAUACCUCAUAUAAAUUAUAUGAAUAAUGUUGGAAAUAAUAAUAAUCAUCAUGUUCAAGAUAAUGCUAAUAGCUUUACAAAUAAUUAUAAUAUAAAUCCGAAUGAUAAUUAUAAUAUAAAUCCAAAUGAUAAUUUUAGUAAUAAUAAUAUGAACAGUCAGGCAGUUUCUUCAAACUAUGUCAACACUCACCCUAUUUUAGGAAAAAAACAAAAUUACAUGUUUAGCAAUGAUACAAAUUCUAGUGGUAUAAAUAUUUUAAAUAACAAAGAUAGUAACAUAAUAAAUCGAUCUUCUAUUUUUAAUGAUAAAAAAUUUGAAAAUAAAAAUAAUACAACGGAAGUUGAUAACUAUCCAAUAUUUAGUCAUAAUAAAAAUGUCAAUAUGGCUACCCAUGCUAACGAUGUUAGAACUAUGCAUGGGUUUUCCAAUAAUAGAAAUAUGGGAUAUGUUCAGAAUUUUUCAAAUAUGUCAAACGUCCCAAAUGUGCCAAAUGUGCCAAAUGGCCCCAAUAUAAUGAACAUGGGUAGUAACAAGUUUGGUAGUCCCGAAAUGGGUGUUAAAGAAAAUAGUAGCUUUAUGAAUGACCAGCUAAAAUUUGUUAAUAAUAAUAUGCAUCAAUCUAGUGAUGUAAUAAAUGGAAAUAUAUUAAAUAAUAAUACAACAAAUAAUUUUCAAACAGGUAAUAGUAGUAGUAUAGGUAGUAGUUUUUUGAAAAAAGCAAAUUUAUUUUUAAAUAAAGGUAUGGAAAUAAUGAGUCAAGAAAAUAAUAAUACAAAUAAUAAUAGUAAUGAUAAAGGGAUUGUCCAUAAUAUUUUUGAAACAUUAACAAAAAAUACAGAUACAAAUAGUGAGUUAAAUAAUUUAGUAAAAAGAGGAGUUACAAAUAUGGUUAUGAAUGAAUUAGAAAAAAAAAUAGAAAUAAAUAAUUCAAGUUUUAUUAGAAAUAAAUUAUCAAUAUUACGAGAUUAUUUUAAUGUUACACAUUCAUAUGUACUUAGUAAAAUAUUAUUUAUAAUAGUUCCUUAUAUAUAUAUACGUAAAGCAUUAUUUGAAUCUAGAACUUACUAUGUAUAUACACAUUUAAAAAAGAAAAUGGAAACGAAUAUGCAAAAUAAGAAUUAUAACUCAUCUUUUAUUUUUAAUGGAAAUUAUAAUGCAUAUAAUAAUAGCACAGAUAAUGUAAGCAUGAACAGUAAUAUAAAUAAUACUCGAUUUGAAAAUAAUAAAAAUAAUGGAAACCUUUUUUAUAAUGAUAAAAAAGAGAAUACAGAAACAGAUAACAAAAUGAAUAAUUUAAAUUAUAUUGAUUAUAAUAAUAAUAUAGGUAUAUUUCAAGCAGAUCUAUACAUCCCUUUAAUGUCAGUUAUUACUUAUAUUUUAUUAUAUACAAUAACAGUGACAGCUCAAAAAAAUAAUUUUAUAUUUAAUCCAGAUAAUUUAUUUAACACAUCAUCUUAUAUAUUUAUUUUAUUAUUUUUUGAAACAGCUAUAGUCAAAAUAUUAUUUUUAUUAAUGUGUAGAGAUAUUAAUUUACCGUUUUUACACAUUUUAUCAUUUAUAUCUUAUAAGUUUGUUAUAAUGUGUGCAUUAAUAAUUACAAAAUUUUCUUAUUACUUUUUAUAUUUUAUGUAUACAUCAGCUUUUGGAGGUAUUGAUGAUAGUAUGAAGAAUCUCGAGUUUGAUAAAAAAAAUAAUUCACAAGUUUUCAAAAAUUUGAAUAAUAAUAUGUCUUAUCAAUUAAGUCCAUAUAAUUUAAUUUUAUUCUUAAAUAGUAAUGCUAUGUAUAGAUUAACACAACUCUAUUAUUACAUUACAGUGUCUGUACAAAUGAUUCAAUUAUUUAAAUCUAUACAUUUAUAUAUUCAUGAUAAUUCAAACUUAUCGAAUGAAUAUAAUAUUAAAAGAAUAAAUAUGAUGAUCCUUGUUUUUUCAUUUUCCCAAUUUUUUAUGUGUUGGAUGCUUACCCCAUAUUUUACUUAA